AUGAGCCACAUCUGGACAGCUGCGCUGCGAAUGUACGGCCCCUUCUCGGGCCGACGUCGGCUGAGCACGUCUCCCACGUUCUCUCCUUGCAGCCACUUAUUAUUAUUCAUUUUCCCAAUGAAGCAACCUGGAAUCCAAGUUUAAAACUUUUCCCCUCUAAUGCGAGAGGGAGCCAGGUCCCAUCCUACUUGUUUAACGUUCUUGGAGCUCUGUGAUCCAAAGGACAGAAACAGCAACAAAAGCCCAGCCGCUGUCUGAUUUAAAACUGGCAAAGUGGGAAAACUAGUAUUGAGUAAGACCGAGUUGGUUAUGGGGAAUUUCAAAGGCCAUGCUCUCCCUGGAUCCUUCUUUCUUUUCAUGGGGAUUUGGUGGACUAUAAAGUGCAUUCUGAAAUAUGCCUUCAAAAAGCAGAAACGGACUUCUUACCUUGAUUCCAAAGCAUUAUUCCGUCGAAUUGAAAUUUUGGAAGGAAUCAUAUCAGUUGGAAUGACUUUAACUGGCAUCCUUGGAGAACAGUUUUUUCCUGGAGGACCACACCUGACCUUGUAUGACUACCAAGAGGGUCAGUGGGUCCAACUCCUGAGCUGGCAGCAUUUUACCAUGUACUUCUUCUUUGGGCUGCUGGGUGUGACAAACAUCUUAUCCUCUACCAUCAUUUCACUUCCUGCCUCCUUUAGCAAGUUAAUGUUAUCAAAUGCCUUAUUUGUGGAGGCUUUUGUCUUCUACAAUCACACUCAUGGCCGGGAAAUGCUGGACAUCUUUGUGCACAAGCUUCUGGUCUUGGUCAUCUUUUCGACAGGCCUGAUUGCCUUCUUGGAGCUCUUCACACAGACCAGUAUAACUGUGGAACUUCUGCGGACAAGCCUUAUCCUGCUUCAGGGAAGCUGGUUCUGGCAGAUUGGGUUUGUCCUUUAUCCUCCCAGUGGAGGUCCUGCAUGGGAUUUAAAGGAUCACGACAACAUUAUGUUUCUCUCCAUAUGCUUUUGUUGGCAUUAUGCAACAGCCAUUGUCAUCGUUGGAGCAAUUUAUGCCUUUGUCACCUGGUUGGUUAAAUCUCGAUUUACGAGGUUCUGCCCCUCAGAAGUUGGACUCCUGAAAAAUGCUGGACGAGAACAAGAAUCAGAAGAAGAGAUGUGACUUUGACGGGCAUCCAGUCUUUCUGGAUGAAAUUUUUCUUCUUCUAUUAUUAUUAAUCACAGUUUUGCCUUUUCACCUUUUGUUUGGAAAACAAUUGGUUGAGAAUGAUUCUUGGUGUCACAGUGCUGGGGGCUUGGAGUGGCUCUCCUCAGGUUAGCUACAGUGUGAUGCCCACAUUCUGAAAAAUAUUUGUUUUAUUUGCCUUAUAGAUAUAUAUGAUCAAGGUUCCUGGGCUUACUAUCAUUUGUAACUCAUUAUAGAUGUAAUUUCACUUGUUUUAUCUUCUUGCUACCUUGAGAAAUAAAUGAAUGCAUGGACCUCGGUUCAAACACCUUA